CCCAGCUCCGGACUCCGAGCCCACCGCAAGUCGCAGCCCUCUACUUUGAUGCCUAUCCUCAACGCUGUUGCGGCAGACUAAAAAUCAGCCGCAUAUUCCCCCGAGCGGCCUUUCCCCCGUAGCCGUAAGACAUACAUGUGAUGUUUGCGAUUCGCCAUAAUUGCCCUCUUCAGUGAGAACUUGCAUUCCCCAGCCCCCUUCCCCCUCCUCAGAAGCCCACCUCUUCAGCGUCUCCCCAAGCAUGCUCCCCUCACAAUCCGCCUCCAAAAUACCCCCGGUAAAACCCGACGACCGCUCCUUCCCACGCAUCCUCUGUCUCCAUGGUGGCGGCGUCAAUGCCGCAAUCUUCGAAGCGCAAGCACGAUGCCUAAUCCGUCAUUUGCAACACUCGUUCCGCCUCGUAUGGGUCGACGCGCCCUUCUUCUGCGACCCGCACCCAGACGUCGUUGACGUGUACAGCAGCUACUCGCCCUUCCGCCGGUGGCUGCGCUGGCUACCCUCGCACCCUGAACUCGACGAGGAAACGUGCAUUGAAGAGAUUGGCUACGCCAUGCGCACCGCCAUGCAAGACGACGACCAAGCGGGGGGCACGGGCGAGUGGGUUGGUCUCAUGGGCUUCAGCCAGGGCGCAAAGCUAUCGGCGAGUUUGCUGCUUGAGCAACAGGCCCGCGAGAACGAAGCAAAGAAGCGUGGUCCUGCGGCGCCGAUAACACCAGGUCCCACCGGUUUCCCAGAUAUCAAGUGGCGCUUUGGUGUGUUGCUUGCAGGGAGGGCGCCAUUGUCCAAUCUCAAUCCCAAGCUGCUGACUAGCAAGACGCUGGUGAAUGCGGGUAGGAUAUCAGAGGGUUUUGAGUUUUGCAAGGAGGUGGAUGAGGAGGCGACGCUUAGGGUGCCGACGCUGCAUGUGCAUGGUUUGGCGGAUCCGGGACUGGAGUUGCAUAGGAAGUUGCUGAAUGAGUAUUGUGAGAAAGGGACCGCGACGCUGGUGGAGUGGCCAGGCGCGCAUCGGAUUCCGAUUAAGAGUGUGGAUGUUGAUCCUGUGGUUGCUGCUAUUUAUGAUUUGGCUGAGAGAGUGGGAGUGAGUGUGCUGAGGACUGUGUGAGGGUGUUGGGUUUGGGGACGGGAAGGUGCACAUAUGAUGAUUUCUUGUUUACAUAACAUUCCUGCUUCUUUGCUUUGUGGAUUAUAGAAGGCGCAUCUUGCAACAAAAUUAGAAGAUACCAUAGAUCAACCGUCUUUAUCCUAUCGUCUUUUCACUCUAUCAAUAUCGGAC